CGAAGCCAUCUUUAUUCCAAAUCAGUAAAGACAUGAUGUUGAAGAACAUAGUAUCCAAGAGAGGCUUUUCCGUGUGUAGCAGAAGCUUGCUUAACCAUGGAAAGCCGCAAAAUCCGGUUUAUAAUGAAGGUAUUACCAUGAAAAUCGAGCCAAUUCAAAGAACUGGAGAAACUAUCGACGUGAAAAGAGCUAGAUUGGUAUACCAAUCCAGAAAAAGAGGGAUUUUAGAAAGUGAUUUACUAUUGAGUAGAUUUGCUAAAAAGUACUUGAAUACCUUUAGCGACGAAGAACUCGACGAGUACGAUAAGUUGUUGGACGAACCAGACUGGGAUAUCUACUAUUGGGCUACCAAAAACUACGACGUUACUCCAUUACCAGAAAAAUGGAAGAACUCAAAAAUAUUGGCUCUUUUACAAAAAACUGCUCAAAAUGAAGAAAGAGAGAUUUUAAGAAUGCCUGACUUGCAUUAAUUCAUUACUCAUUACCUUUAGUUUCUGUA